GCUUGGCAAUUUAGUUGUAUACCAUUUAGUUAUCUAAGUACCAUUGUAAAAGCAUAAAGUAUAUUUUUCCAAGAUGUUAUAUUUUCUUGGAAAAAUAUACAAUGGUGAAAUAAAAUGUGAAAGCAAAAAAAAGAUUAGAUAUCUAAUUCUAUAAAAGCAUGGCAACCUUAAUAAUUGACCAAUGUUAGUUCAUUAGCAGAUGCGAAACUUUUCAGAAUAUACAAAUUGUGAUCAGAAUGAAACUGUGUAUAGCCUUGGUUUUGAUAUCAUGUUUCACCGCAAGGACAUUGUCAGAGGCAACUGCACCUACAAUUGAGAAAAAUGAAAAUGAUCCCACAUGCACUACGUAUAACUAUUUCUAUGCUGUUAAUGGUGUCUUCCAAUCGAUAGUCAUUAAGUGUUCAACUAGUAAACCAUAUUUUGAUUCAGUUCAAGCAAAAUGUGUGGCUCAGAGGCCUGAAGAAUGUUAUGUAGAAGAAGAAACUGCCUCCAGUGGAACUGAAAAUCUAACUAAAGAGUCUUUAUCAACAACUACUGUGGCGUCUUGGAGUGCAGAGGCCACUUGCCUAACUGCCACUUCAAAUGCUUUCUUUAAAAACGAAGAUGAUGUAACAUGCAACACGUAUAUUUAUUGUUACCAAUUGAAUGAUGUAUUCAAACCAAUAGUUAUGAAAUGUACAUCGCACAAGCCAUACUUCGAUUCAGUUACCAAAAGGUGUGUUAGCACCCAGCCAUCUGAAUGCAUAGAAUAAUUGGCCAUGCAUUAAGGAAUGAGCCACAGCUAGACCAUGAUACAAUAGAUACUUGUUGUAUCAUCAGCUAGAUAAGGAUCAUCCCAUCCAAAGUUUUAACAGAGUUCAACGUCAUUGAGAUGUUGUGUCUAAUGCUUUUCAAAAGCAGAAAUGUAAAUAAUCGUAUUUCAAAAUAAAAAUGCAAAAUAUGAUCAGCAAAUAAGCUUAAUUUGUUUCGCGAAUUGAGAGAUAAAACAUGUCUUUUACAUAUCUACAUAUGCACAUUCAUAUUUUGGAGCAUUUAAAGGCCUUGGAGUUGGCUCAGUAAGCAUUUUGGUAUGCAAG